AUGUCUCCUCUUGAUCAUGGGCUCUACCCCGAGCUCCUCACCCUGUCUCUCUCCCCUCGUAUCCUGAACCAUGGGCUCUACCCCGAGCUCCUCACCCUGUCUCUCUCCCCUCGUAUCCAGAACCAUGGGCUCUACCCCGAGCUCCUCACCCUGUCUCUCUCCCCUCGUAUCCUGAACCACGGCCUUGAACUCGGUCCUGAAGCUCUCGUCUGA